GACCAGGGAUGCUCGCCCCGGCCAGAGCAUCUCGGAGGCGGCGUGGAACUUGACUCCACACACAAUUACACGCACACACACACACACACACACUCAGUACAUGACACACACACAAACUCAGCGUGGGUGCAAGCGUACGGAGCAGGCAUUGCUUUUGCUUUUGGACUCUCUCCUUCUUUCUUCCCCCUGCCGUCGUGAGCGCUCUCCGUGGUGCUGAAAGUGGAAAACUAGCGGCGCCGAUCAACUCGCGAAGGACGAAGGAAGGCAAGCCGGCCACACUCGGCGGCUUCUGGCGGGCUGUAUGGUCCCCUGCAGCGGUGCACAGAACCUUCUCUCGCAUUAGUGUGGGAGGGGAUGAAGUGGAGGAUGGCGUUGGACUCCCUGCGUGGACGGAGGCGGAGGCUGCCCUGCUCCUUCUGGUUCCUCCUGCUGUUCGCUGCUGGGGGUGUGCUUCUCUUCAUCCAGCAGCAGGACGCAUCAGAGAUGGUGCGCCAACAAGGGCACGGCAUGAAGCUUGCAGGAACAGUGCACCAGUCGAGGGAGACCUUUUCCAGUCAGGACAAAGAGAGAGGAAAAUCCGACCAGGAGGCUGCAGAUGGCGUCUUGCUGAGUCCAAUCUCCCCCAUGCAGUUCCCGCACUUUUGGAAGAGCAAGCAGCUGGCCACGCCCGGAUCCCGCGAGCAGGACAUGGGCUCGCCGCGUGUCUCCAAGAGACACCGCAAGCUGCUGAAAACGAGCCCUCCCGUCCAACACGUCAACGGCCGCAACGCCUCGUCCUCGUCUCCCUCUGCCUGGUCCUCCUCGGGCCGGUCCUGGAGGAACCUCUCCCUGGUGCUGGAGCGGCGGCGCCAGCUGAUGAAGAAAAUGUGCGCCAAGUACAAGAGCAGCAUCUCCAGGACCAUCACGCGGCACCACGUGAAGAACAUCUACGUGGAGGACAAGUACAAGCUGCUGUACUGCCAGGUGCCCAAGGCGGGCUGCUCCAACUGGAAGCGGACGCUGAUGGUGCUGGCGGGCCAGGCCUCCGACGCCCGCAGCAUCAACCACGACGCCGUUCACUACGGCAACCACCUGAAGACGCUGGACAGCUUUGACCGGCAGGGGAUCACUCGGCGCCUGGGGACGUACACCAAGGUCCUGUUCGUGCGCGAGCCCUUGGAGAGGAUGGUGUCGGCCUACAGGGAUAAAUUCGAGAACCCCAACAACUACUACCACUCGCUCUUCGGUAAACCCAUCAUCUCCAAGUACAGGGUCAACGCAUCCAGGGCGGCUUUGGAUUCGGGGAACGGCGUCACCUUCCAGGAGUUCGUCCACUACCUGCUGGACGUCCACCGGCCCGUGGGCAUGGACAUCCACUGGGAGGCGGCCAACCAGCUGUGCAACCCGUGUCUCAUAGACUACGACUUCAUCGGCAAGUUCGAGAACAUGGACGACGAGUCCAACCUCCUCCUGCGCUUGGCGGGGGCGCCCGGGAACCUGACGUUGCCCAGUUUCAAGGACCGCAACCCGGCCGACAAGAGGACCUCCUCGCAGAUAACGCAGAAGUACUUUGCGCAGGUCGGCGCCUUGGAGAGACAACGGGUUUACGACUUCUACUACAUGGACUAUCUCAUGUUUAACUACUCCAAACCUUUUCAGGAUUUAUACUGAUCGACUCCCGU